GAAAGUGAGCUGCGUUCAGGGGAUCUAUGUGUUUGAGAGUGUGAGCUGGAAAGUGGGCUGGAAAGUGAGCUGCGUUCAGGGGAUCUACGUGUUUGAGAGUGUGAGUUGGAAGCAGACGUUACAAGAUCAUUAUACAGCUAAUGGCAGUUCGUUUUAUUUCCACUCUGAUUUAUUACAGUGUGUAUGCAAUUAAAUAAACAGUGGGUCGCCCGCGAUGUUGAGCCAUACGAUUUCGGUGGCUUUUGGUUAUGUGCCAGUUCUCAUGAAAUUGCUAGGAUUAAUUCCCCUUCUAUUGAAAGGAAGCUACAUACUUUCGAGGUCAGGUAUGUAGUGUCAUCUCAUCUCAUCAAUUUCCUAAUUUGGUCCCUGACACCACUCCUCAAUGUGCCGUAUCUGGUUUAUAGGCUAAACACGCAAUUUUCAACUAAUCUACUGACUUGCUUUAUAGAGUGGUUGCGGUUAUCUGUGAACAAUUUGUUUCCCGAGUAGACUUAAUCACAAGUUCCUGUGAACAUAUGGCACAUUUACUAAAAAAGUCGUAGCAAUCUAACCGUUGAAAGUCAAUGUUUGAAAUCAAUGUUAUGUUAUGAAUAACAUGAAAUCAAUGUUAAAAUAAAAAUAAUUAAUAAUAAAAUAAAUGCUAUUAAUCAAUGUCAAAAUCUUUUUGAAAUCGGUGUUAUUAUAAUGAUAAAACAUUGAUUGAAUAUCGGCUUUGAAACGAAUAGGCCUAACCUACCUCAGUGAUCGCCUAUAGGAGUUUCAUUUCAGGGGGACGGACGAGGAGAGGGGACCUGUUUCCUUUAUUUGCCGGACGGUCCAACCCAACCGACAGUCAGUCAGGCGUAUAUCCUAUAUCUAUCCAAGCUGUUUGCAGAGAUAGUGCACUCACUGCAGCGGUCACAUUGGGAUCUUAACUGGAUAUUACAAGACAAGUUUUGGCUCUCUGCUGAAAAGACAGAAGAUGGACUCAGCUAUCCACAGCCACCUUGUGCGGAACCAGUCCAGUCUGAUUAUGCACGCUGGGUAUUCCAACGACACCUGUCGCUUCAAUGAGGAGUUUAAGUACAUCCUACUGCCUGUGUCCUACAGCCUGGUGUGUGUUGUGGGUCUGGUGCUGAACUCAGUGGCUCUGUGGAUGUUCCUGACCAAGAUGCGACCGUGGAACACCAGCACCGUCUACAUGUUCCACCUGGCCCUCUCAGACUUCCUGUACGUUCUCUCCCUGCCCACCCUCAUCUACUACUACGCUAACCGCAGCCACUGGCCCUUUGGCGUCGCCGCCUGCAAGAUCGUCCGCUUCUUGUUCUACGCCAACCUCUACUGCAGCAUCCUUUUCCUCACCUGCACCAGCGUCCACCGCUACCUGGGCAUCUGCCACCCCAUCAAGGCCCUGACCAUGGUGAAGCCGCGCCAUGCCCAUGCCGUGUGUGGCAUGGUGUGGGCUGCCGUCACGGCGUGUCUGGUGCCCAACCUCAUCUUCGUCACCACCAGUCAGAGGGACAACGACACGUUGUGUCACGAUACGACCAGUCCGGAGCAGUUUGAGGAAUAUGUGGACUACAGCUCUACGGUCAUGGUCCUGUUGUUCGGCGUCCCCUUCGUGGUCAUCAUGGUCUGUUACUGUCUGAUGGCGAGGGCUCUGUGUCGGCCCAGACGGGGGCUUUCGCCCAGCCAGCGGAGCUCACCUUCACGCACCAAGUCCAUCAAGCUGAUUGUGGUGGUGCUGGUGGUGUUCGCCGUGUGUUUUGUACCUUUCCACAUCACACGCACGCUCUACUAUACCUACCGCAUGCUGGAUGCCAAAUGUGAAUUCCUGAACAUCGUUAACUUUGCCUAUAAGAUCACCAGGCCCCUGGCCAGUGUGAACAGCUGUAUUGAUCCCCUCCUGUAUUUCCUGGCUGGGGAUCACUACCGCGCUAAGCUGGUCAAAGCUCUCACUGGUAAGAGACAGACAACCACCAGUCGCUCCGCUGCCUACCUGCAAAACCGCCCCAGUAACAACCAUGAGAUCGCCCUGGUCUAUAAGAACUCAGACUCGAAAGCCAGCGGUGAACCUGAGAGAUAGUGGGUAAUUCAUAUGGACAUCUAUGGGGUAUCAUAUAUAGAUAUGCCUAACCUCCGUAAUAUAAACACGGAGGAAACGGUUAACAGUCCUGGGCUGGCCACUACACAGCUGCACUUCCUUUGGAUGCUGUUCUGUAAUUUCGGACACAGGAUGACUACAUGCUGAUCGAUGGGGCCUCAUUACAGAGCCCAGACCUGUGUGAAGUUCAGUUACUAUAAGGCUGUUGGGGCAAAGCCUUUCCUUAAAGGGGAAUGAAGAAGUGGGUGUGGGAUUGGUCAGAAAACAGACCCCUUAUCACCACCAACAUUUUGCAGCAGUGUUGGAUGCAGUACCGUUUAAUCCUAUCUACAUUCCCCUUGUUAGCAAGAAUCUAUGUGAAAACCAAGUCUGUUUUAUACAUUUAUAUACAGUCUCUAGUUCCUACUCUGAAUACUUUGCUGCCAGUUUCCCUAAUUUUCAUUGUGGCGGUUGCAGUGUUUGGAAGACAGAGUUAAAAUCCUUUCCACCAGGGAAACAAAACAGGCUCUUUAAAAACACAAAAUAGCUACAGAACUCUGAAGAGCAGAAGGAGAAACGAAUGUAUGCAAUCUGUAAUCUAAAUGUUUGUGUUAUUAUGGCAGCACGUACCCAGAGAGAGGAUUUGUGAAUGGAUAUGACAGAUGUUAAAAACAGUGGGUUAUUGUGAUCAUCAAGAGAGAAGGUCAAAAUCCUAGAAAACAUUGUUUAGACAUAUGAUCGAAGGGUUUUCGCUUGCUUCCAGUAAGAGUGGAGGUGACAUCAUAUUUAGCAACAGGCUCAGAUAUUGUGAGGCAAUCUGAAACAGUUGAACAGAAACAGUGCAUGUACCAGGAGACUCAUUCUGGUAGAUAUUGGAGCUUUAUCCCUCUCCCAGCUGUUUUUGUCCUUCAGCGCAGAGCCUCCACAGCUGUCUCUCUGUCUGUCUCUGCUGUGAGGAAACCAGGGGAAGGGUGGUGUGGGGGAGUAGAGAGACUGAAUGGGUGUGUAGGCCGGAGUAUCAACUCCAUCCAACAACCCACACUACGGAUAAAGGGGGGAUUUUCCUACAUUAUCCAAUUGGGACUUAGAGCUGCACACAACCUGGCUAUUUUCACACCGAUUUUGGUUGUUGUUGUUGUUGACAGUCUGUCCAUGGCAAAACAAUGUCUCUGUAAAGUAGAUUGCAAGUCAGAGGUCUGUUCCUAAGGGUACUUAAAGUACUAUACUGCUGUCAUGUUUAAGCUACUAGUAAUGUAUAUAAAGGGCAUUAUAACCUAGGUUCAAGGUAUGAUAGGAAAACACUUGGUUCUAUAGGUCUAUAACAUUAUCAAUCAAAUGUAUUUGUAAAGCCCUUUUUACAUCAGCUGAUGUCACAAAGUGCUGUACAGAAACCCAGCCUGAAACCCCAAACAGCCAGCAAUGCAGAUGUAGAAGCACAUAUCUGUUCACAAUUCCUAAAACCUGAAAAUGCCCCAGAUCUUCCAUGGCCUGCAAACGCACCAGACAUGUCACCCAUUGAGCAUGUUUGGUAUGCUCUGGAUCGACGUGUACGAUAGCAUGUUCCAGUUCACGCCAAUUUCCAGCAACUUCACACAGCCAUUGAAGAUGAGUGGGACAACAUUCCACGGGCCACAAUCAACAGCCAGAUAACUCUAUGCGAAGAUGUUGCGCUGCAUGAGGCAAAGGGUGGUCACAUUAUAAUGACAUUAAAUAUAUGUUUUAUAUAUCUACAUUUUCUUAGUUUGCUUACCUGUUAUCAUGUUAUUGUUGCACCAACUAUUACCAAGUAAUAACAAUAUCCCUAUUGUGCAAUGUCAAUAACCAUCCAUGACAUCGGUUGAUUAACCACAA